UAUAACUAGUUUUUAUCUUAAUGAACCCAAAUAAAAACUCAAAUAAUCACCACACGAACGACUUAUUAAUUACGCAAGAGCGAUAACUAUACCAAAAACUACUAUUCCUAACACUAAUAAAAAUAAUAAUCGAAAACUUAUCGGUCAAUUUCACAACCUCAUCUGAAAACUCAUAAAAUAAUAAUAAAAUAGGAAAUUUUAAGUUGUUUUACUUCCCGGCGGAGAGGCCGAGCGAUGAAGGUGCUGCUAGUUAUAUUUAUAAUAUAUAUAAACUACGUUAUAUGCGAGAGCAACAAAUAUGCCGUCAAGAACUUCCCCAAGAAAGUGAAACCCUACGGCAACGGGAAGAUAUUAAUAAACUCGGGGAAAUAUGAAUACAAGUCAAAGUUGCCGAAGGGCACGACCACCAGAGGCAGUAGCAGGCGGUCGUACACCGUGUUCCAAGUGGUCGGGAACUCCAAGACGAUACAGGGUGUCCCCGAUAGUCCGUACUUUCCCGUAGACCAGAGCUACGACCACAAGCCCAGGGUAAAGAAAGUUUUACCCGACUAUGCCUGGGGUUCAGGCCUCAGGAGCAAGAGAGCCGCCGAGGUCGAGAAACCCGGUGACAGCAAAAAAGCAAAUGCAUCGGAUGGGCAAACAACCAAAGUACAAACAACUACAAGUAAAUCUGAAAAAGGAUCGAAACAGAAAAUAAAAACCACGCCGCAAACCACUACUGCAACAAAAGAUGAUGAUGAUAAAGAGGAAAGGAAGCCUUCAAACAGUAGCGACAAAAAGCAGAACACUAAAAGUGCUAAAAAGUCUAGCACAAGGAGCCAACAUGCAACACAGUCAGCUGAGACCGAAGAUAAAGAAUCAGAACGAAAAAGUGUGACAAAAGCUGCAAAGAGUAGCAAAGACGAUGGAAAGAAUAGGAGUAAAGAUGUUGCCAAGCCACAAAUGAGAGCUUCUGAGCUGAAUGAGACGACUACAACGACCACAGUGCAGGAACAAUCGAAGACCACAACACAAGCCACAACCGUCACCACCACAGCGGAGAAGAAGAAUGAAACGAAGCCACUGAGAGUGCACAAGAAGAAGAAAGAGACGCGCCGACUGAUCGCGGCCAGAGAAGCGAUGAUUGAGGACUACCCGUACGUGGUGUCGCUACAAAAGGACGACCAGCACUGGUGCUCGGGAGCCCUGCUCAACCAACGCCUCGUCAUCACCACGGCCAAUUGUCUUUGGAAAGCGAGUCGUCUGUCUCGCAUGGAAGUGCGAGCUGGAUCCCGUCACUUGGACCGAGGAGGUCAGAUGGCUGGCAUCCAGGAGGUGAUGAAACACCCAGCGUGGAGCUUGAGGAAGAACCCGGAUAACGACAUAGCUUUGGUGCUGCUCGAUAGAAAUAUAAGGUUUUCAGACUCAGUCCACGCCGUGGAUCUCCCAAACAGAGUGAUGAUGCCGCCCUUCGACGAUGCCUGGGUCACCAGCUGGGGAGCCGAAAGGCGUGACGGAGUAUACGACCUGCAGGGCAGCACGCUACAGGUGUACCACACGCGACUCAUGGACCGCGGCAAGUGCAACAACAUAACCACGAGGUUCAGUGUCAUCGUCACUGAGAACUUCAUCUGUCUCGCUCAGAGCGGCCGGGCGGCUCCUUGCACUCGAGACACAGGGGCUCCGGCUGUGAGUGACGGCAUACUCUGGGGCUUAGCAUCAUGGGGAAUAAGAAAACUAUGCGGUACAGAACGGUUCCCAGCGAUGUUCUCUUACACUGCCUCGCAUUCGAACGUGGACUUUAUAACGAAUGCCACCGCUUACCUCAUGGCCGACAAACGUUACUAUCCCUUCCCCGACCGCUAUCCCUUGCCAAUGCUUCAGUCCCCAAAUGCAAUGCAGGCUGGUUCCGUAGCGAAAAAAUAAAGAAAAGUAUUGUUUACCGUUUUGAGGUUUAAUUUUAAUUUAAGUGGAACCUUGGAAUUGUCUUUUGAUUGAAUUUAAUUAGGUUAUGCAUGGAUCGAUUGAUCCCUUAAUCUUCGUCGUAAAAUUUGAUUUAGUUUGGCGAUGAUCGAUUCUGAGUCUUACAAAAUCGUCGUGGUAUUGAUUUGAGUAAAAUAAAUAAA